UAUUUUUUUUCAUAUACCGAUUGGCUCGCAUUCCAGCGCAGCGCGGCUCCGCGCGGUAUUUAGCACAUGCGGAAAGUUGGAGCCGCUCCGCACCGCCGCGCAGGGCACCGCGGCCGGGAGCCGGCGCACUGGGGCCGGGCGGGCGGGGGGGCGAGCGCGGCGCGGGGCGCGCAGCCCUCCCGCUGGUUGGGCCCGGCCGCGGCCGCGCAGCGGGGUCCUGCCAGUCCUUCCACUGACAACACCCCGCGAAGGAGGAGCCUCGCCGGGCCGCGCACAAGGCGUCAGGAGCUGCAAUUUCCAACUUAGCAUCUUGGCAGGACCCUUCGGAAAGCGAGAGCGAGGAGGAAGGGGGAAAAUAAAAGCCCCCCCCAGCGCAAGGGGGAGAGAGCGAGCGAGCGAGCGAGGGAAGGAAGGAAAAAAGGGGAGAGAGAGAGAGAGAGAGUGAGAGAGAGGGGGGAAAGGAAGGGGGAAGAAAAAAGAGGAAGCGGUGCCAGGCUGCAGGCGAGCGAGGAGCAGCCGCCCCGGCGCAGAGGCAAGGUGCCGCCGCUGCCCGGCCGGCGAGGGCGGAGAGGCGCCCGCGAAGCCCCGGCCGCAGCGGCCGCAGCCCGGCAGCGCGGCGGCUCCCUCCCGGCGCCUGGGGCUCCCGGGUAUAUGUGUGCGCCUGGCCAUGUCGUAUCCUCAGGGUUACUUGUACCAGCCGUCAGCUUCCUUGGCUCUCUACUCCUGCCCGGCGUACAGCACCAGCGUCAUCUCCGGACCCAGGACCGAUGAACUUGGGAGAUCUUCCUCGGGCUCCGCUUUUUCCCCUUAUGCCGGAUCUACCGCCUUUACCGCCCCCUCCCCGGGUUACAACUCCCACCUCCAGUACGGCACCGACCCGGCCGCCGCCGCCGCCGCCGCCUUCACGUCCUACGUGGGCUCGCCCUACGACCACGCGCCGGGCAUGGCCGGCUCCCUGGGCUACCACCCGUACGCGGCGCCGCUCGGCUCCUACCCCUACGGCGACCCCGCGUACCGCAAGAACGCCACGCGCGACGCCACGGCCACGCUCAAGGCCUGGCUCAACGAGCACCGCAAGAACCCCUACCCCACCAAGGGCGAGAAGAUCAUGCUGGCCAUCAUCACCAAGAUGACCCUCACCCAGGUCUCCACCUGGUUCGCCAACGCCCGCCGGCGCCUCAAGAAGGAGAACAAGAUGACCUGGACGCCGCGGAACCGCAGCGAGGACGAGGAGGAGGAGGAGAACAUCGACCUGGAGAAGAACGACGAGGACGAGCCGCAGAAACCGGAGGAGAAGGGGGACCCCGGCACGCCGGACGCAGGAGCGGCGGAGCCCCGGGCAGCGGCGGGCUGCGAGCGCCUGCGGGAGACCCCCAGCCCCAGGGAGGCCGAGGGCGGCCUCAGCGACUCGGAUUGCAAGGAGGCGGCGGAGGAGCGGCUCGACGGGCCGGCGGCCGCCGCCAAGGCGCCCGGCUCUUCGCCGCUGGGGCCCUGCCCGGCGGCCCGGGGGCUGCCGCCGGCGGCGGGCGGCGAGGAGCCGCCGCACUACGGCCCGCCCUCGGCGGCCGCGGGGCCCCCGCACGCCGCCGACCCGCACCCGCUGCCGCCCGCCGGCGCCUCGGUGAUCCACUCGCCGCAGCCCGCGGCCCUGGCCAAGCCCAAGCUGUGGUCGCUGGCCGAGAUCGCCACCUCCGCGGACCGCGGCCCCCGGGAGCCCGGCGGCGGCGAGGCGGCGCCCCCCGGCCCCGCGGCUCUGGGCGGCGGCGGCCCCUCGCGCUCGCCCCCGCGGCCGCGCUCGCCGCCGGCGCAGUGCCCCUUCCCCAACGGCGCGGUGCUGCCGCGGCCGCUCUACUACACGGCGCCCUUCUACCCCGGCUACACGAACUACGGCGCCUUCGGGGCGCUGCCCGGCGCCGCCGCCGCCGCCCCCGCCGCCCCCUUCAACGGACUGAGCCAGGCUGCGCUGGGCCGGGCCGAGGCGCUGGCCAAGGAGGCCAAGGCGACGCGGAGCCAGGCGCCGGCGGAGCCCUGCACGGACGCGCCCUACGAGCCGAAGAAAGGCCAAAUCAUCAGGAAGCUCUUGACCACAAGACUCCUGUUUCCAAGCUGCUGGGAGAAAAAUGCGCAGGAGCAAAGUUGGGGAAACGGAGCAGCCUGCAAGCGCUGAGAGCAGCUGAGACGCGUGGCAGGGCUCCCCGGCUGCCUGCCAGGUUUCGCUUUGAUUUGCGCACACGGUACAGAAUAGCCCCUGCUAUAUCACAUUAGCAGGUAUGAAAAGAAAAACACAGUGCCCAUGAAAGCAUGUUCGCAGAUGAACAGUAGCUCAGUUUGGCUGAGACACCUCCUCCGUGCCAGAACUGCAAUCCUAAAUGCACCCGAUACCAAAGGGAGAUCAAAAUUACCAGGUGCCGACAGCACCGCGACUUCGUGCCCUGCUCCGGAGCUGUGCCGCGCAGCACUGGCCACGGUGGCCCCCCCUUCCCAGCAGAGCGGCCAGCCCGGGAGAGCAGGAUCAGCCGGGGAAAUCUGCGUCCUGCAGGGGCUGGAAGCAGGAGAGGACCCGUAAAGGCAGCGCGUGAUGGAGAUGAUCCAGCACCUGGAAGGCCUCCUUGUAUCACAAGGCUGGCGAUGGGCUGAAGUGCCCGAGGAACGUCCCCGCGUCUUCGAGCGAGACCAGGCACGCCAGGGUCUGAGCAGUCAGACAGAAGCUCCAUCCCCACACACAGAUCUUUAAAAUCUCACUGGCUCCUCAAAAAAAACUUUAUAACAUCACAAAAAUUGGUAACGUCACAGUGCUUUUGGGUAUCAGUAUCAUGAAAGAUUUGAAAUUGAAAUUGUCUGUCAGUUAUUUCGGGACGAUAGAUCUGUUGUGGUACAAUAAACUUUUAUAAAGGUGAUUUAUAACCAGGUUUCAAAGGGUGGAAUACAUGUGGGACUAUAUACAAAACAUUAUUCAAUGCAAUCAUUUAUGUGCACAUAAGAGAGGAAUAUCCUGCCUUGAGGAGGCUCCUGCAUCUUUCUACAAGGCAGGACGUGAGAGCAAGACAACUUUCCUGAGAGGGUCCUGAGCAAUAACACUGCUACAUGUUUCAGACUACUGUAACUGCACGUGCAAAAUUCUGCAGCACAAACCAACUCAUAGUGAUUACUGCUAUUUCCUAAACACUGAUUUUCAUAUUUGAAAACCAAACCGAACAAACCUCCCUGUCCUGCAUUUUAAAGAAGGCCAAUUAGCUUCUCUUUUGGAAAAAGUCAUGGAAACUGUGUACGAUAUCAUCCAUACACAUGAGAAUCUCUUCUUCAUCUGUUAAAUACAUUUUCAAAUGCAAAACGGCUAAAUUCUGUGUCAAAACAAUAUCACAUCUUGGGCUGCGUAAAGUAAGAGAUCCUUUUGCUAUCGAGACACUGUUCGAUCCACGAGCAUAAAUACUGGAGCUAUAGUCCUAACACCGCAAUAAUGAUAGCACUUAUGUACUACACCACCUAACAAGUUAUAAGACACACACCAGAACUGCGUGGUCCCUGGCUAUCCUGUGUGCGCUAGUCACCACAAAUACAAACUUUAAACAAUUUUAGCCCUCAAAAGCUGCAGUAAUCAUCCAGGAGCUCUUGAAAGAACGAAGUGUUUGAACUGCUUACAAAAAUAUGCUUGCUCCGUAAAGUCAGCUACUAAUCCGACGGACAGGAAGAUAACGAGCCUUGCACUUACUUCCACACUCACACGUGUUCUUUCCCAGCAGCAGCAGAAGUGGGAAUAAGGGUCACUGCAGGAUAAUUGGCAUACCAGGAUAAUUGCUUUAACUGAUCAUUCAAAAUAAAGAUUUGAAGCGUUCACAUAAAGCGACGUGAAAGUGACCAAGCACGAUGCCUCUGCAGAGGAAAACCUUUCCUCCAGCCUACUGGAAUUCUUAGAACAUGCCCAUUCGGUACUCGAUAAAGGAGAAGUGGUUGACACCACCUCCAGACUUCUUUGACAAAGCCCCUCAUGAGAUACUAUUAGAGCAACGUAUCAGCCACAACCGCUCCUGCACGCCAAGACGCGCUGCUCCAGCCCCUGCCAUCUGGCGAGAAUCCCCAGCAGGCUGGAGACGGAGGCGGUGACUGCUCGAGCGCUCUGCGCUUCAGCCGCGAACGAGCGGUCUGGGACCGGAGCGCUCUCGGAGAGAGACAGGAAGAGCCACUACCAGGGCAGGCCCAGCAGCCAAGAGGUUUCAAGGGAAGCCAGCGAGCGCGGAGCCCUUCCAGCUAGCGUGGCAGGGACUUUUGGAGCCGAGUCAAUAACGUAUUUUUAAUCCUCUGCAAGAAUGUACAUUGGAAGUCGUGCAUAAUACAGUGAAAGAGGACAGUAAAUGGGAAAAUUGUUUGAGUAACUUUCUGUAACUGGCAAAUAGUUAAAAGUCAGUCUGAACUGGCUGAAAAAAAUCGCUGAGUAUUUUUCUGUAGGAAUGAGUCAUCUGAUUAAAUUUCAUUUUGGAAAAAAAUGAAGUUUCCAUUGGCGUAUGGCUCCAGUGUGUUCGCACAGUAGGUGUGGCAGAUCUUCAAUCUGUGAUCAGUCUUCAAAUCUGUCUGCUCCCAGAACAGCACUUUUCAACCCAUUCACCAUUUUUGCAUGCCAGAACAUUUGCUGUGGUCUCCUUCAAAGACUUUUGGGGGACUGGUUAUCCUAAUGCAUUACUAUGCUGAGGCAUCCUAUGCCAGCUCAGAUUCACCACCUUGUAAGGGCCGUUUACAGAUGUUUGCCUAUGUACAGACUGAUACACAUUAUGAGAUUUGUUGCAUAAAAACUUUUCACACACUCUGGAUCACCAUGUGAGGGAAACUCUAUGCCUUACCGAAUCAAAGAGUUGUUACCAGGCCUGUUGUACCAGGAGCUCACACCUGGCCUCCCAGCGUGUUUGCAUCUCCAAAAAAAUCAGGCAGUUCAUAAAUAUAAGGGGAGAAGUGUCUAGACCACUUCCAGAAAAGCUGGGGGAGGUUUCGGGGGGGGGGGAGCUGGAAGCCCAUGGGCCACACCAAGAAAGGGCCUCGCCGACGAAUGCCGCUGCAGACGCGGUGCCUGUGGGAAGAGAGACUCCUUGGCUGUCCAGGUCAACGAGGGUCUGUGGCAGAUCUGGUCAAUACAGGGAGAGGAGAAGGGAGCUUUCAGAUUUAACAUCAGCGUAAGCAGAUAAACCGUGUGGUUUUCUUUCAUUUUUUUCCCAUCCAAGUCUUUUAUAAAUAUUUGUAAUGGUGCCACCUCUUUUGGACGUUAUAAAUAAACACUUGCGUGUGCAUUUGUUUUGA